AUGGCAGAUAAACAAGGAUUUUUAACAAAGGAAGGUGGUUCCAUAAAGACAUGGAGAAAACGAUGGUGUGUACUUAAAAAUGGCUCUAUAUAUUACUCAAAGAAUGCUAAUACUUGUGAAUUGGGAAUUAUUCAUUUAAAGAAUGUUAGUAGUGUUGUUCAAUCACAGAGAAAAAAGAAGAAUUUGUUUGAGGUGAUAACACCUGAGCGAACCUAUUAUAUGAAGGCAACUUCGCCAGAGGAGAUGCAAUCUUGGAUCGAGGUGCUGAAUCGAACACUCGGCAAGAUGCGUACCACUGCAAAGGAGCGUGUCGGUGUCGAGGACUUUGAUCUGCUGAAUGUCAUUGGUGUUGCAGGUGCGCAAGAAAGACACCGGUAUGAUCUACGCGAUGAAGGUGCUCAACAAGAAGAACAUCUUGGAGCGCAAGGAAAUCGACCACACUCGCGCCGAAAAGAAUAUUCUCCAGAAACUGGUGCAUCCAUUCCUGAUAAACUUGAACUACUCGUUCCAGACCGACGACAAACUCUACUUUAUCAUGGAUUACAUCAAUGGUGCGGUGUAUUGUAUCGCGAUUUGAAACCAGAGAAUAUACUGCUGACCUCGGAUGGACACAUCUGUCUCACCGACUAUGGCAUCAGCAAGGAAGGCCUGCUCAGCGACGACGAUCGUACCGCCACAUUCUGCGGCACUCCAGAAUAUCUAGCGCCAGAAAUUCUCAAGGGUGAAGCCUAUGGAAAAGCGAUCGAUUGGUGGUCAUUCGGAACACUCGUCUACGAAAUGCUCUCUGGUUUGCCGCCAUUCUACGACUCGGACAUCAGAAUUAUGUACAGUAAUAUCAUGAAUCAAAAAUUAGUAUUUACACCUCAAUUUUCAUUAGAAUCAAGAGAUUUCAUUUCUUCAUUGUUGGAAAGAGAUCCAAAUAAAAGAUUAAAAGAAGCGAAAACAAUUAAAGCUCAUCCAUUUUUCCAUGGUAUAGAUUGGGAGAAAUGUGUUCGUAAAGAAUUGAAACCACCAUUUAUUCCACCAGUGCAAGGAAAGAAUGACACGAGUCAAGUGGAUGCUGGAUUUUUAGCAGAGACUGCCAAACUCUCUGCAGAGAAACCAGGAUUGAGCAGUUCAAUGCAAAAGAAUUUCGAGGAUUUCACAUUUGUAAGCGAGAGUGAACAUUUGAAAAGACCUGGUGCAAAAGUUUAA